CCCAAAAGAUACCGAGCUGCGCAAGAUGGUCGUUGUCGUGACGUGUGGUGCGCCGUCGGUCGCCGAGGCCGCGCAGGCCCUCGAGCUCCUCAAGACGCUGCAGCAAGGUGGCAUGCGCAUCACGGUGCUCUCGUCGUCAGCGUGGCGCGCCCAAGUCGUGCAAGCCAAGAUCCCGCACGUGCACAUCGCGACGCCGCACGAGGCGCAGGACCUACUUGCUGCGCCCAUCAGUCUUGUGCUUGCGUUCGUGCCGCAAACGAACGACGAGGCUGCGCUCAAGACGUGGGGGCUGGGCUGCCACGCCUUUGUCCGCUCAUCGGCCUGGGCCUACGAGACGAUCGCCGUUGUCACGUCGCCAAGCGACUACGCUGUGGUGGCGACCAAGGUAUCGCAGGGCGGCGCGCUGGCCUACUCGCUCAACGAGCGCAAGGCGCUUGCCCAGAAGGCGUUCCGUGCCUUCUCGGCCGUUGAUGCGCGCGCGGUCGAGCUCCUCCAGCCCGACGUCCAGCAGCACUCGAUCCUGCUCGUCGGCAGCGGUGGCCGCGAGCACGCGCUCGCAUGGAAGCUCGCGCAGUCGCCGCAAGCCAAGCACGUGUACGUCGCGCCGGGCAACGGCGGUACGAACGGCGACAAGAUCUCGUCGGUCGCGAUCGCGCAGGACGACGACGCGGCGCUCAUCGCGUUUUGCCGACAGAAGGGCGUCACGCUGUGCGUCGUCGGGCCCGAGGCGCCGCUCGUGGACGGUCUCGCCGACAAGCUCAGCGCGGCGGGCAUCCCGACGUUCGGCCCGAGCGCGAAAGCGGCCCAGCUCGAGGGCUCCAAGGCGUUCUCCAAGGACUUCAUGGCGCGCCACCACAUCCCGACCGCGACCUUUCGCAACUUCACCUCGUACAGCGAGGCCAAGGCGUACGUCGACAGCAUCGACUACCGCGUCGUCAUCAAGGCGUCCGGUAUCGCCGCCGGCAAAGGUGUGCUCAUCCCGACGACCAAGGAAGAGACACACGCUGCACUGCGCGAGGUCAUGGUCGACCGCGCGUUCGGGUCGGCCGGCGACGAGGUCGUCAUUGAGGAGUUUAUGACGGGCGAAGAAGUGUCGCUCCUCGCCUUCAGCGACGGUCGGACAGUCGUGACGAUGCCAGGCGCGCAGGACCACAAGCGCAUCUUUGACAACGACCAAGGGCCCAACACGGGCGGCAUGGGCGUCUACGCGCCGGCGCCGUGCUUCCACGGCGCGGCCAAGCGCGAGUGCAUUGCGAUCGUCGAAAAGUCGAUUGCGGCCAUGGCCGCCGAGGGCAACCCGUUCGUCGGCUGCCUCUUCACGGGCUUCAUGCUCACGCCCAAGGGCCCCAAGAUCGUUGAGUACAACGCGCGCUUUGGCGACCCCGAGACCGAGGUCGUUCUCCCGCUCCUCAACAGCGACCUCGUCGAGAUCUUCCUCGCGUGUUGCCACGGCAAGCUCGACCCGGCCAUGGUGCUCUGGAAGGACGCGUCCGCGGCGACUGUCGUCAUGGCGUCGCAGGGCUACCCGGACAGCUACCCGAAGGGCAAGGUCAUCUCGGGCGUCGCGGCGGCCAACGCGCUCCCCAACACCAACGUCUUCCACGCCGGCACGGCGCUCAAGGACGGGUCGCUCGUGACUUCGGGCGGCCGCGUGCUCACGGUGACGGCGGUUGCGCCGACGAUGAAGGACGCGAUCGCGCAGGCGUACGUCGGCGUCUCCAAGAUUGCGUUCGAGGGCCACCAGUUCCGGUCCGACAUUGGGCACAAGGGGCUUCUGCACUCGUGCCCGCCCAUCAAGCUCGGCGUGCUGGGCUCGACGCGCGGCUCGUCGCUGCAGCCGAUUUUGGACGCGAUCGCCGCGGGCGACCUCAACGCGUCGGUCGAGAUCAUUGUGAGCAACAAGGCGUCGGCCGGCAUCCUCGAGCGAGCGGCGACCCACAAGAUUCCGGGUGUCGCCGUCGGCAGCAAGGGCAAAACCCGAGAUGCGUUCGACGCCGAAGUCACGUCGCUGCUUGAAAACAAGAAGGUGGACUUGGUGCUCUGCAUCGGCUACAUGCGCAUCCUCUCGGCGUCCUUUUGCCAGCGCUGGGCCAACCGCGUCUUGAACGUGCACCCGUCGCUUCUGCCGGAUUUCGCGGGCGGCAUGGACCUCGCCGUGCACCAAGCCGUGCUCGAUGCGAAGAAGACAAGUUCGGGCUGCACGGUCCAUUAUGUGACACCCGAGGUCGACGCCGGCCCGAUUGCGGUCCAGCUCAAGUGCCCCGUGCUGCCGAAUGACACGGCCGAGACGCUGAAAGCGCGCGUGCAGCCGCUCGAAGGCGACGCGUUCCUCUACGCGAUCAAGCGCCAGCAGGUCGCCAUGUACAUGGGCACGCUGCCGACAAGCCUCACGUACGCCGACGCCGGCGUCAGCAUCGACGCUGGCAACGCGCUCGUCCAUGCGAUCAAGCCGCUCUGCAAGUCGACGGUCCGCGCCGGGUGCGACGCCGACCUCGGCGGCUUUGGCGGCCUCUUUGACCUCCAAGCCGCUGGCUACGGCGCCGACACGGUCCUUGUCGCGUGCACGGACGGCGUUGGCACCAAGCUCAAGAUCGCCCACGCGAUGCAAAAGCACGACACGAUCGGCAUUGACCUCGUGGCCAUGUGCGUCAACGACCUCCUCGUCCAGGGCGCCGAGCCGCUCCUCUUCCUCGACUACUUUGCUACCGGCGCCUUGGAUGUGCACGCGGCGACCGAAGUUGUAAAGGGCAUCGCCGAGGGCUGCCGCCAGUCCAAGUGCGGGCUCAUUGGGGGCGAGACGGCCGAGAUGCCGUCCAUGUACGCGCCCGGCGAGUACGACGUGGCGGGCUUUUGCGUCGGCGCUGCCCACAAGAAGUCGCUGUUGCCGCUGCCAGCGCGGGCCGGCGACGUUGUCCUCGGCCUUGCGAGCGCCGGCGUGCACUCGAACGGCUUCUCGCUCGUGCGCAAGGUCGUCGAGCACGCGGGCCUCCGUUACGAGAGCCCGUGUCCGUUUGACGCGACCAAGACGCUCGGCGACGCGCUCUUGACGCCGACGCGCAUCUACGUCUCGCUGCUGACGCCGCUGCUCAAGAAGGGCUACGUGCGCGCGCUCGCCCACAUCACGGGGGGCGGUCUCCUCGAGAACAUCCCGCGCGUGCUCUCGGACGACCUCGCGGUGGAGCUUACGGCGUCGAGCUGGCGCCUCCCGCCCGUCUUCAAGUGGCUCCAGGCGGCCGGCAAUAUCUCGGAUGCGGAACUGAGCCGGACGUUCAACUGCGGCAUUGGCAUGGUGCUCAUCGUGGCGCCCGAACACGAGGCGCAGGUCAAGGCCGCGCUGAGCCCCGAGGCCGUCCUGAGCUUGGGCACCGUCACAAGCCGCCACGGCGCGCAGGUCGUUAUCCACGGCGCUCUGCAGUAAAUAUAUAUAUAUAUAUGUACUUGGUGCUACAC